AAUGACCCAUAUCACACACACAGAAGCACACACUCUUGUUCUGUGACUGAACCCACGCUUUCAUUGUGCGAGGGGAGAAUGACAUUGGCGCGAUUGCAGGUCACAUGGUUGGCCGUGCCUUCAUAAAUCGUGGAUGCAAGCUGGAGACUCUCCAUCUGACAGAAGUACACACAUUCAGACACACAUACACACACACUGGAGACACGGCGGGUCUCAGAACCCCUUCACACGGGCUCUGCCCAUGCCACUAACACCACCUGCGGAGUCUGAUCUGGAACCAAAAAUGAACUGGGCGUCUUUUUAUGCCGUGAUCAGCGGCGUGAACCGGCAUUCCACCGGUAUAGGGCGGAUCUGGCUGUCGGUCCUCUUCAUGUUCCGGAUCCUGGUUCUGGUGGUGGCGGCGGAGAGUGUGUGGGGUGAUGAGAAAGCACAUUUUAUCUGUAACACCCAGCAACCUGGCUGCAACAGUGUAUGUUACGACCACUUCUUCCCCAUCUCUCAUAUCCGGCUGUGGGCACUGCAACUGAUUGUGGUCUCUACCCCCGCCCUGCUGGUGACCAUGCACAUUGCACAUCGUCGGCAUAUCGAUAAAAAGUUGUACCGCCAGGCUGGCCGCACCAGUCCAAAGGACCUGGAGCAGAUAAAGACGCAAAAGAUGAAGAUUACUGGUGGUCUCUGGUGGACAUACAUGAUUAGCCUGCUGUUCCGUGUGCUGUUUGAAUCAGCUUUUAUGUAUUUGUUCUAUAUGAUUUACCCUGGCUAUAAAAUGUUCCGGCUGGUAAAGUGUGACUCGUACCCCUGCCCAAACAUAGUAGAUUGCUUUGUGUCCCGACCAACAGAGAAAACAGUGUUCACUAUAUUUAUGCUUGCUGUGUCUGGCGUCUGCAUCCUGCUCAACAUCGCGGAAAUCAUCUUUCUUGUUGCCAGGGCAACAAGUCGACAUCUGAAUAAUUCCAAGGAUUCCCCCGUGGGAGCCUGGAUCUCUCAGAAACUGUGUUCCUUUUAGAAGUGCUCAGAAAAAAAAUGAUAGUUAGAUACUCACACUACUCUAAACUCUAAAAUACAUUUCACUCAAAUGCCUAAUGUUAAUAAGUGUUAAUAUACUGACAUUAUUUAUUCAUGGCUGUUUUAUUGUAGACCUCAGAACUCAUAAAUUUAAAAUAUGUACAAAAUAUUAGCAUACUCCAUAUCAUUUUAGACCAAUGCUUAAUUCAGUUCUCACUGUUGUAUGAAUUUUAUACUUAUGUUGUUGCUAAAAUACUACAAUCAAAUAAAAUCCUUAAUUUACUGUA